AUAUUUUUCCCUCACCACUUUUCCUUCAUUUUCCUUCUCCAUUCCCUCAUCUCAUGAUUCCCUUUGGAUUAUGUUCUCAAUGUUUUGGAUACUGUAUGAAGGUGUUUUCGAUGGAAAAAGCAGGAACUUUUAGUUCUUUUUUGCUUUGUUCUUAUUGGGAUUUCAAUCCAUAGUUGAUCAUUUGAUUCAAAUAUAUUUUUCUCUCUCUCAUUUGAAUUCCUUUUUGGAAUUCUUUGGUCCUAAAUUAGUUUCCCUCAUCUGGGUAUUUCUGUAUUCUGUGGAUUGUCCUCCUUUUUUGUCAAUGGCACAAGCUGAGGAAUCAAAAACAAGUGAGUCUCUUCAUUAAUUUGUCCAUUCAAAUGUCCAAUUUUUCCAGAGAUCUCUUGCACAGAUUUAUAUCUGCAAGCCAAUUUCCUCGAAAAUUCCAAGAACCAAACUUGGAAGGCGAGGAAGAUGGAGCAGAAGAAGAUAAUGGAGAUAUUGAGCUAAGCCUAGGCCUUUCAUUGAAUGGUCGUUUUGGGUUUGACCCAAAAAGAGCAAAAAAAAAUUUGACCAGGUCAUCUUCAAUACCAGAUUUUGUUGUUAACAAUGAAAGUAGUAGUGCAUGUUUGAUGCAUGUAGGUUGUGGUAAUCUCGUGAGGGCUUCUUCUUUGCCUACAGAGACAGAGGAGGAGUGGAGGAAGAGAAAGGAAACGCAGACACUGAGAAGAAUGGAGGCCAAGCGGAAGAGAUCAGAGAAGCAGAGAAACUGGAAAGACAAGGCUUUGUGUGCUUCAACCUUCGGCUCUGGUGCCAGAGUGCCUAAUGGUUUUGAAGUGAGAGGAGAAAAGAAUACUACUUUCAGUGGUGCCUGCAUAGAAGGGCUGUUACCACCUGCACCAGCACCAGCACCAGCACCAGCACCAGCACCAGCACCAUUGUCACAUGGGUCAGGUGGAUCACGAGGGAGUGGGUCCUCUGGGAUCUCAGACUUUGAGAGCCAUCCGGCUCAAGGGAUGAAAAAGUGUACAGAAGCAAGAAGCCCUGCUAGUGUCCAGUCUAUGCCCGAGUAUGGGAAGAAACCAUUAGUCACCAAUGGAUCAAUAAAUACACAGAAGUCCAAAAAUAUUUCCGGAGUUUCAAUGGAGAGCAAACCCAGUAAACCAACACUUCGUGACAAGGGAACUGAUGAAAUGACAAGGAAUGUGUUGGAAGAUAUGCCAUGUGUGUCUACAAAGGGAGAUGGCCCAGAUGGAAAAAGAAUCGAAGGGUUUCUCUACAGAUACAGGAAAGGUGAAGAGGUGAGAAUAGUCUGUGUCUGCCAUGGCAGCUUCCUCACCCCGGCCGAGUUCAUCAAGCAUGCGAGUGGCAGUGAUGUCGCUAACCCCCUCAGGCACAUAGUUGUUAAUCCCACUUCCCUUUUGUAAUGUCAGAUUCUCUUGUAUUGAUGGGUUGGUGAGAUUUCCUUUUUUUAAAUUUAGUGAAACUAAGAACUUGUGUUGUUCUGAGUA